AUGGCGGACGCUGUAGCAGGGCCGUCUACAUCCAAGGCGGCACCCUCAUCCACCUCGGCUGCGCUCCUCAGCUUGCAUCCGCUUCCUAUUCUGUCCAUUUCGGAGCAUAUCGUCCGCUCGUGUGCUCAGCAGCAGCAAGGAAAGGAGCCACUUCACGUCUACGGCGUACUGUUAGGCACACAGAAUGGCAGGCACUUGGAGGUACAGAAUACAUUCGAAGUCAAGGUAGACGUAGAGGGAAAGCUAGAUGAAGCAUUCUUUAAAAGCAGGCAAGCGCAGUACAAGCAAACGUUUCCCACACUCGACCUCCUAGGCUGGUACUCAAAUGGCAAUCGCCCCACUUCAGCAGACGUAGCCGUCCACAAGCAGUUCCUCGAAUACAACGAGUCCCCUCUCUUCCUUCAAUUCAGCCCCAAUGCAGACAUCCUCGCGCGAAGAGACGGUCGCGGACAGCUGCCCAUACAAGUCUACGAGUCGCAGAUGGCUGUCACCUCGGCCGACCAGCCGAUUGACAGCAGCAAUGAGGGCGCGGCACCUCCUACCGCCAGCAGCGACGAGCCAUCUACGUCCCUGAUCCUCGUGGAGUCCAAUGGCUACAGGAUCGAAACAGCUGAAGCAGAGCGCAUCGCUGUCGACUACGUGAGCAAGCCGGCCGGAGCGCAGGGGAGCGAAGGGGAGCAUGGAGCAGUCAUCUCUUCGUUGGAGAGCCAGCAAUCUGCCAUCAGGAUGUUGCAUGCGCGCAUCAAGAUGGCGCACGGCUAUGUGACCAGUCUGCUUGCGAAAGAUGCGAAAGUUGGAGGACAACAAGGGGUGACCGCAGGGGCGAAUGGCAGUGGCAGCGCAGUGGGGCAGCGCGACCACGAAGCUCUAAGGCAACUCAAGUCGAUCCUCUCCUCCAUGCCCCGCGCGCCACCAGCGAACGCCGCAAUGCAAGCCGAGGAGGAUGACGACGGAUUCCGCACGCACUUCCUGCGCGAGUACAACGAUGCUCUCCUCAUCUCUUCGCUCAGCCGUAUGACUGCGGGGAUGCGAAGCUUGAAUGAGUAUGUGGACAAGUUUGAUUUGAUCCAGCAGGGGAGAGGAGGGGACAGGGAGAGAAGGGACGGGCUCGAGAGUGGAGGAAGGGGCACAUUCGGGUAUGGCGAUGCUGGAGGGAUGUGAGGGAAUGAGGAGCUGAAGAUGAUGGCUGAGAGUGGGGGCCGGCGUGAGAUCGGAAACUAGAGGGGGAGCUAGAGUCACAGCACAAGCACACCAACAACUUCCUGUCAUCAAGGUAGCUACAAAGCUUGCAUUCCACGCCACGCCGUCCGCUCCCUCAAUUAUCCCGCUGUCUUUUCUGCCCUCGCCUCUCCCGCCCUACUUCCAAUCGUACUGCGGCUCGAAGCCCAACAUCUUCCUUGCCUUCUCAAUACAGAGCAGAGUCUC